AUGGAUCGGCAAGUGCCCGCGCUGCGCAGGCGGCAAGCCGUCGUGCAAGACCGAGAGCAACGAGAGAGAGGAGAACAGGAGCGUGCGCCACUGGAUCCCGAUGACCUGGCUCAGGCAGCUCGUGAUCCCGAGCAACGAGAAAGAGCAGAGCAAGAUGCAGCACCUGCACGUGUACCGGAAGGGUUGAAUGACAACUUUGUGGAUGCAAUUGUUGACAUUCUCAACAGCUUCCGAAGCAACAAUCCGGCUUACUGGGAUGCGUGCUGGGACUGGAUUCUCGACCAACUUCCCCAUUUUGCCGUUGUGCUGUGCUUUGUGCAAACGUAG